GUACAACUAAAUCCGUUCAACGGCCAACCAUAUACGCAACGAUAUUUUGAAAUUUACAAGAAACGAGCAACGCUUCCGGUCUGGGAAUAUAAGGAGAAAUUCCUGGAAGUGCUUGAUAAAAAUCAGUGUUUAACGCUGGUGGGUGAAACGGGAUCUGGGAAAACCACUCAAAUUCCACAAUGGUGCCUGGAAUAUUGCAAAUUGCGUGCACUCCCAGGACAGCGGCGAUUGGUUGCGUGUACGCAACCACGUCGAGUAGCAGCAAUGAGCGUCGCGACACGUGUUGCCGAAGAAAUGGAUGUGCAGUUGGGCUCUGAAGUUGGAUACUCAAUACGUUUCGAGGAUUGUGUUAGUGAGCGUACGGUACUGAAAUACUGCACCGAUGGUAUGCUGCUGCGUGAAGCCAUGAACAGUCCAUUGCUGGAUAGUUACGGUGUGAUAAUACUGGACGAGGCACAUGAACGUACUUUGGCAACUGAUAUUCUGAUGGGUCUGAUCAAGGAAAUCGUAAAACAACGAAAAGAUAUCAAAAUUGUUGUGAUGAGCGCGACGUUGGAUUCCGGAAAAUUCCAGAAUUAUUUCGAAAAUUGCCCGCUAAUGUCAGUUCCAGGGCGCACAUUUCCUGUGGAAAUCUUUGUAAGUUUUGGCACCCUUAUUGCAUGAGC